GCCCUGGCGGGCGGGUCCCGCGGCCGAGGCGGCGAUGGCGGGAGCGCGGCGGUGAGGGAGCGCAGCGGGGCCGGGGCCGCGCCGGGCACUGACGGGGGGCUCGCUCCCCCCAGMACGGCGCAGGAGCAGCGGGGCCUCGCCCUUCUCCUGAGGCGGGCCGGGGCUAUGCGAGGGCCGCGGUGCCGCCUGCCCUAGGCCCGGGCCCGGCGGGGAGCGGCGAGCGGGGCCCGAUGCGGGAGUACAAGGUGGUGGUGCUGGGCAGCGGGGGGGUGGGGAAGUCCGCCCUGACGGUGCAGUUCGUCACCGGGACCUUCAUCGAGAAGUACGACCCCACCAUCGAGGACUUCUACCGCAAGGAGAUCGAGGUGGACUCGUCCCCCUCGGUGCUGGAGAUCCUGGACACGGCGGGGACGGAGCAGUUCGCCUCCAUGCGCGACCUCUACAUCAAGAACGGGCAGGGAUUCAUCCUCGUCUACAGCCUGGUCAACCAGCAGUCCUUCCAGGACAUCAAGCCGAUGAGGGACCAGAUUGUCCGGGUGAAGAGAUACGAGAAAGUUCCUCUGAUCCUAGUGGGGAAUAAAGUGGAUCUGGAGUCGGAGAGGGAGGUCUUAUCUGCAGAAGGCAGAGCCCUGGCUCAGGAGUGGGGUUGCCCCUUCAUGGAGACGUCAGCCAAGAGCAAAACAAUGGUGGAUGAACUGUUUGCUGAGAUCGUCAGGCAAAUGAACUAUGCCUCCCUGCCUGAAAAACAAGAUCARUGUUGUACAACUUGCAUCGUCCAGUGAGAGAAAUUAAGAAAAACCUCAACCAUGGCCAUACAGAGCAG